AUGAGAAUAACUGUGAGGAGAAGGAUCUGCUUGCAGAAACGGGUCCUGAUUCCUCUGAGGCAGAGAGGACUUCGCUGGACGCCAGAGAGAGGCCGCUGGGUGAAAGAAGGAUGCCGGCAAGACCUCCUCAUCCAUCUCUUCAUCAUCCUGGUGGAGGGGAAGCAGUGGCUGAGGAACCGGAUCAGGCUUCAGUUUCUUUCGAAGAUGUUGCUGUUCGCUGAGGAGUGGGCGUUGCUGGAUCCUGCCCAGAGAGCUCUGCAUCAGGACUUCAUGGAGGAGACUUGUAGGACCAUGAUCUCUCUUGGUGGUGAUGAAUUAGAAAUUAAGAAAAAGGAACAACAUGACAAAAUCCUCACAGUGGAGAAGCCACAUCAAGAUUUGGAGUGUGGAGAGAACUUCAGUCAGAGCUCCCAUGCCACUUCCCAUCAAAGAAAUCCAAUUGGGAAGAAACCCUAUCCGUGUUUGGAAUGUGAAAAGAGCUUCAAUCACAGCUCACAUUUCAAAGCACAUAAAAGAAUUCAUACUGGGGAGAAACCAUAUCAGUGCUUGGAAUGUGAGAAGUUAUUUACUACAAGAAGUGACUUCCAUCGUCAUAAGAGAGUUCACAGUGGGGAGAAACCAUAUCAGUGCUUGGAAUGUGGGAAGAGCUUCAGUCGGAGGUCCCAUCUCACUUCCCAUCAAAGAAUUCAUACAGGGGAGAAACCAUAUCAGUGCUUGGAAUGUAAGAAGUUCUUUACUACAAGAAGUAACUUCCAUGAUCAUAAGAGAAUUCACAGUGGGGAAAAACCAUAUCAGUGCGUGGAAUGUGGGAAGAGCUUCACUUGGAGGAAAAGUCUUACUAUCCAUCAAAGAAUUCAUAUAGGAGAGAAACCAUAUCAGUGCUUGGAAUGUGAAAAGUUAUUUACUACAAGAAGUGGCUUCCAUCGACAUAAGAGAGUUCACAGUGGGGCGAAACCAUAUUGGUGCUUGGAAUGUGGGAAGAGCUUCAGUCAGAGGGCCAAUCUCACUUCCCAUCAAAUAAUUCAUACUUGGAGGAACCAUAUUAGUGCUUCGAAUGCACAAAGUGCUUUGCUGCAUGAAAAGCGUUAUGGCGACAUAAGAAAAUUCACCCUGGGGAGAAACCACUCCCAAGGUGCCAAGAGUGUGGAAAGAGGAACUUCUGGUUCACCGCCAGCGCCAAUCGGCGGGGUUUGCCUCGAGUUUCGAGGAAACCCAGCUCCGCGAGGUGGGAAGAGCCGCGAGAGCGACGCGGCCCCCCGAAAGAGCCCCAGAUCGAGCGGUCUGGGGAUGAAGAAGUCGGCAGAGCCCCUUUGGCGACUCCUUUACACCCCGGUAAGCUUGAAAAAGAGCCCCGGAGCAGGUAGAGUGGCAGUCACAGGGCCAUUUUUUCGAGUGCCAUCGUUAUCCUCGCGGGGUGAAGCUUCGUGCCAACGGCGGAGAGCGGUGGAUUCUUUUAAAAGAAAAUAAUUUUAAACAUUGGACACUGUGAGUAAAAGAUAUGUAAUUUGUUUCUGAAUUGAAAGAAUUGGCACGGGAGAAGAGCUUAAAGAGGAAGUCGGCUCUCUCCCCAUUGAGAGAACUGUAUGCAGUAACCUGACUGCUGGAUAAAAGGUGAAAGGAAGUUAUCAAUUUGUCAAGAAUUUGACUCUUAAACUCUUCUCUGAAACAGGACUGGAGGAGAAGUGUGAAAUAUCUUAAAUCCCCUGCAAGACUUUCACAUCUUAUAAAGGAAGUUCCAGGAUCCAGGUUCCCAGAGGGAUCAGUGAAUGGUUUUUAAAUAUUGCUACAAUAAAAAUUGGAUUAUUAUAUUAAGUUUUGACUUUAUUAAUUAAAAAGUAAAUUUGAAGAGGUGACUAAGACUUUGGAUAAAGACUUUGAAAAAUUAACUAAAAGAAGUUAAAUGUAAAUGAAAUGCAGAUUGGACAUAAAAAUGGAGUUUGAGGUUUGGAAAUAUGAUCUGCCAUUUCCGGCUUUGUAAUCUGCUGUUUUUCCCCACGGGAUUUGACAUAGCAAUAAUGGCUGCAGACUCAACAUCAGAAGAUCAGGACUGGCAAAAGAUUCUUAUGGAACUUUUGGAGAUUAAACAAGACUUAGCCAUGAGCAACAUGCAGCUAAGAAGCUAUUUGGAAAUUGAUAUUGAAAAUGCAGAGAGUCAAGAUGAUAAACCACCAACCUUGGUCAAAGAAGAGAAAGAAGAACAUGUUCCACAAGUGGAGAUGUGGAACCGGCGUUGGAUCACAAUCAAGGAUUUCUCAAGGGACAACCAGAGGGGUCUGUUGUCCUUCUAGUGAGAGAGGGAGGGCAAAGCACCCUCUGGGAGAUUGGGAAGGAAGUUGGGAGGUGUUGGGAUAUAGGUGGAGAAGUGAGGAAACAGCUGAAGUGGGGUUUUAAAAUUUGGUGGAGGUCCUGGGAAAGGGUGGGAGCGGGUUAAAAGAUAUACAUGUGUGAUUUUUUGCUGGAUUAACUGGGAAGGUCUGAUACUGGUAUGAAACUUGGAAUUCGCUGAAAAGUUUGGGAAAUCUGGGCCCGGGGGAAGGGCGGACAAAUUAUUUUUAAUUGUUCAAAUGUUGUUCGUUUUAAUGAGCAAAUAUAAUAAUGGUGAUUCAUUGUUGGCAAAAACUGUAAGUUAUGGGGAGAAAUAAUUGGAUUUUGGGGUUUUAUGAUAAGAAAAUAAAUUUGAGGUUUUUAGAUUAAAAUAUAAAUUGGAAGUAUGGUAGAAGAUUUAAGAUAAUAAUGUGAAAACUGCUGAAAGAAUAUGAUAAAUAGGGACCCAAUGUGGGAGGAAUCGAGGAAGUCCACAAAGUGAAGAAAAAGAUAUGAUUAGUAGAUCUUUUUUCUCCCCCUUUUCCCCCUACUUUGUAGUUUGUAUUUUUGUUUGUCUUGUUUUGUUGUUUUUGUGACUGUAUUGUUUUCUUUUUUAUGUGGAAAAUAAUUUUAAAAGAUUUUUUUUAAAAAAAGAGUGUGGAAAGAGAUUCCCCUUGAAGCAAACUCAAUUCCAUCAAAGAAUUCAUGUGACGGAGAAAACCGAAUAGUUCUUGGAAUGUGGAAAGAACUUCAGCUGGAAGGAAAUAUCACUUCCCAUGAAAGAACUCAAUAGUAGCUGUCAGAGGUUGUUGCGACUACUCUAGAGUAACAACUUUCCACAUGCUUGUCUUUUAACAGUCCUUAUUGGUGCACUCUAUUUACAGUGUAACGGGGUGUUGGAAACAUGUCUGCUCAUUCCGAUCCAGAAUCCGGCACUGCCCCCCUUCAUGACUUCCCCCAACAUAAUAGCCUCGGGACAGUGAAUCUCCUCCCCUUUCUCCUCCUCCGUAAUUCCGGAACCGGGGGAAAAGGUCUAUGCUCCGUGCUUUCCCUUUCCCCCCUUUCCGCCUCUCUCUCUUCCCUCCUGUGGAGCCGGGGCUCUCCCAUGCUGCCAGAGACCUGGCACUCUCUCUCCUCUUCCUGACUAGCCUCUUCAGAGCCCGCGCUUCCAUCGCUGCUUGGGGAGGAGCUACUCCUGAUGCAAGGGGGAGGUUCUCUAUACUCUCUUCCCCUUACAUCCACCCCCCUCCAGCCCC